GGUGGUGGGCAAGUACACGGUGAGGACGUUGCAGAGGACGGUUCCCGCGGCCGUUCCCGGGAUCAUGUUCCUGUCGGGCGGGCARAGCGAGGAGGAGGCGACCCUGAAUCUGAACGCGAUGAACGCUUUGGAGGCGACGAAGCCAUGGACGCUGUCMUUCUCGUACGGGAGGGCGCUGCAGGCGAGCACGCUCAAGGCGUGGGGAGGCAAGGUGGAGAACGUUGCGGCGGCCCAGAAGGCGUUCUUUGUGCGCGCCAAGGGCAACGGGGAGGCGACGCUCGGCAAAUACAGUGGCGCUCCCGCGAUCGAGGGAGCGUCAGAGAGCCUGCACGUCAAGGACUACAAGUACUAGAUGGACUCUCAGAGAAAAGAGGUUGCAGGGAUACACAUUUCUGCAAGAGUGAGGGAGGACGGCAGGGGAAGGGGAACAAAGGUCGGUUGCAUCGUAGCCCUGAGCUUCCACGACUUCAAGUCAGGCCUCGGGAGCUCACAUGCAGUGGUACGAGCRAAGGUAAUAGCAGUUCAUCGGCGAGCGGCUCCCGGAAYGAGCCACGUCACCACGGUUGCGGCUUUCAGCGGCGACAUCAGUUCGCUCAAUCCACGGUGGCAUACCGCGAUCUUGACCUCGCUGCSAGAUUGGACGGAGCAGGUGUCCAACGUGUGGCAGUACGGUCUUGCCCGGCCAGGGCAUAACCUCAUCUCGACCUUUGCMCCGGAUCUUGACACCGAUCACCAGCCGUGGGAGAAGACGAUUGCGCAGGAGCUCGGAGUAGAUCUWACGACCAUGGCGCACGCUGGCAAGUACGCGGACGAGCUCAUCGCCACGGCGAAGAAAAUUGCGACCCCUGGGAGGGGUAUCCUCGCCGCUGACGAGAGCACGGGCACCAUCGGGAAGAGACUGGCCAGCAUCAACGUGGAGAAUGUGGAAUCCAACAGGAGGGCUCUGAGGGAGCUUCUCUUCACCGCUCCCGGGGCGAUGCAGUACAUCAGCGGCCCGCGGGAAGCGAAGCACUGUCGUGGCCCCUACAUGGACGCGUCGAUGUCAACAACCGUGGCGGAUKACUGGGAUGACGAUGAGAUGUUCAUCGUCCUCYUUGUCAUCAUGCAAUGGAUGAACYGGAGAAACGUCGCCGCCAUGGGUGUCCUUCAAGCUGCAGCAGCAGUGCCGUUGUUUGGUUCGGAGAUUUCGUCCGCGUUUUUCCAUCUGGCYGGUGCGGUGAUGUGCAGCGUGUCGUUGGCAUCUUGCAUUGCCGACGAAUUGGGUGCGAGGUUGGACCGGCGGCGGCGAAUAUGGGUGAUCGAACGCAGCGGGGGGUUGUGGAAGGAUCUGCAGAGGGUGGGAGUGGAGCACGACAAAAGUGUUUAAGCGAUUUUGCAGGCUGCYGCGGCUUGUAUUCAACGAC